GUUAGCGGCCAGUAGAGAACAUACGAUGUGUGUACAGUGCGCUGCCACUACUGCGCGCCUCUUCUUCAUAACAAACACACAGAAUCGCAGCGUUUACCGCAUAAACUGCAGCUUCAGAUAUGGGGAACUCUCCUGCAGCAUGGAUCUUCCUGACAAUCUUACUGCUGAGGAUCACAGAGCCAGGAGAAUGCAAGGUGUAUUAUGAUUGUGGAGCUGUACUGUACCCCUCGGGCAGAGACCUUAUUUUAUCUUCAGGAUUUCCCAACAACUACCUCCCUGGUUCUCACUGUCUGUGGCAGAUCUUAGUUCCUGCAGGUUACACUAUUGUGCUGGAAACUCUGGAUUUUGAUGUAUUUGAUAGUGCCAGUGAUGAUGAAUCUCCAACCAGCUAUAUCUUUCCUGAAUCUAGUUCUCACUCAGAGUACAAACAAGAUAGAAAGGACACUGAUACAAAAGCUGAUUUGACAAACAAUAUAAAAAUAGAGCUGACAGUAGAAAAGGUGGUUUAUGAAAAUGGGUCCAGCAAGCAAGUGUCCAUAGAAACAUGGUCCAAGACUGAGAACAAAAAUAGACCAAUGACAGAAUUGCAAGGUUUGGCGACAGAUCAAAACCUUGUCAGUCCGAUGCCAAGCACAAUUUCUGCUGCCACAGGGAAAUAUGAAAGCCUGACUGACGAAAUCAACAAACCAAUGUAUCUUCUAGCAGCAGUCACAAAUAGAAUGGCAACAGAGGUGAGUGAAGGUGCACGAUCCAUAAGCAUUGGAACUGACCCCUUCACUAUACCACCUCCAGUACCGGAAAUGUGCCCAAUUGAUGUCCUCUAUAUCACUGACCUGGUUACUUACUCUUCUCGAUUUUGUGGAUCCAUUUCUCCCAUAAAUAAAAUUCUGACCUUUGGGUCUCCAGUUGAGAUGACCGAGGUGAUUUUGGAGCUUAUUACAGCCACUAACCGUGGCCGUGGCUUUGCAAUACUCUUGUCUUACCAUAACCAGUCUUUGGUGACCACUAUGGGUGUACAGGAAAGACGGGGCAGGGAAGGUGUAGUGCUGUUGGCUGUGAUUGCUGCUACCAUCUCAUUUGCUUUGGUACUUCUGCUGGUACUUUGCUUGUCUUAUAGGCAGAAAAUAUGUCACAAAAGAGAACACAGUGACAACCAGAUAACUACACAAGUGAAUGGAAUACUGAAUACAGCCCUAGAUGUCAAUGAGCUCCAGUUGGUGGUAUCAGAUGAAGACUUGCAGAAAGGGGAAUUGGAACAUGGCAGUCAGGUUGAGGGUGUGGCAGAUGUUUCUCAGCAGUCACAACAGGAUGAUCCCUCCUCGUGUACUAUUACAGUGACCGACUCCAACAGUGAUGAGGUUUUUGUUAUCUCACCUGGAAAUCACUCAGACUGUCUUACCUUUAACUCUUCCCAUUUACAGGUAGGAAACCUAAAGAGAAGUGUAACCAGCCCUGCCUCCGUAUCUGAUUGGCUCACGUCAGAUUACACAAGUGUGGACCUAACAGUAGAGGACAAAGCAAAUAAAGGUGAUGAAGUAGAUCCAGUCAGACAGAGAGCCUGGAGUAUGCGCACUUUUAACAGCCUGUUGCCUCAACUACAGAUGAAAUGGCGCAGCCGUACCUCAAGUGGUUCCUUCACAAAACUAGUAGACAGCGGUUCUGCAGCACCUGUGAAGAAUUUAAGCCCCAAUAUCCCCAGGAGAGCGGGGUCUGCUGCACAAAUUGGGGAAAAUGUUAUUCGUUUAUAUUCUGAAUCUUCAGACAGUAAUGCAUCCUAUCCCCUUACACACUCUGCACACCUCCAUAGAAAUCUCCCAUCAGGUAACCUCAGGAGGACACAACCAUGCUUUGGAUUGCUAAGUGAUUCCUCUGACUGUGUCCGCUGUGACCAAACAUCUGCCUUUACAAAGGAGAACAGUCUUUGCCAAAAGCCUUCCAUAGGAUCUCCGAACUCAUUCAAAAUUAUCUCAACCAAUGGAAUGCGAGCCAAGGAGCUCCCAAUGGACUUUGAAAAGCCAAACACAGUUUUUGUGAUCUGUGAAGAGGCAGAUGAUCAGCAGCCUUUGGUAUUUGAUGAUCAGCUGAGUUCCCCCACAGAUUGUGAAUCACAUAGUGCUGAUAUAGGGUGCAUAGAUAAUAACUGCACGCUUGUGCCCAAAAGGUCCUGUACUCAUUUAAGCCCUUGGAUGAAGUCUUCAGAUGCUUCCAUUUAUCAGUGUAUACAAAAGAAUCUGUCUUUAGGUUCACUCGGGAGUCUCAACUCUCACUGCACCACAACUGUGGGUAGACCUGACUAUCAAGGAAGUAAAGAUUUCCAGUCCCCACCAGUAGGAUUAGUUACAGAAUGACUGCAGUUAGUGACACUUACCAGGAGUUAUUGUACCAGUACUUAAAAUGGUGGCCUUCUAAUUAUUCCAUAUAAAGGGG